GAGAGAGCAAUAGAAAGAAAGAGUAACAGAGAAAGAGAAAAUAACGAUAAUCAGAGACACAGAAAGAGAAAGAGAGAAAAAACAGAGUCCGUUAAUUUUUUCAGUUUAAAAAAACAAAACAUUUCUUGACAGAAGAAUUUAGCAAUGGUUAUUACAGAAGAAGAAAUAUCUGAAGCAAUACAUUCAUUGUUUACAGAAUCAAACCCUAGAAUAAGAACAUUCACAACAUUGAAUCAAGUUGUUCAAGAGCUUCAAUCUAAACUUGGUCAUGAUCUUACUCAUAAACUUGAUUUCAUUACUUCUCAGAUCAAUCUUCUUUUUGCUUCUCAACAACAACAACAACAUAGUAGACAGUUACAACAACAACAACAACAACAACAACCACCACAACAACCUCAACAACAACCUCAACAACUACUAUCUUUUCAGAAUAAGGACCAUUUUGCCCUUCAUCAAAACCCUAAUUCCCACUCUGUCCCUGUUGUUACUCCUGUGUUUCGUAAUAACCCUAUCACUGCUGCUCAUGCUCCUCAAGCUCCUCCUCUUUCUCCCAAUGUGGUUCCCAAAGAAAGUGCUCAACCUAAGCCAAAGAGAAGAGGUGGCCCAGGAGGUCUCAACAAACUAUGUGGUGUUUCGCCCGAACUUCAGGUCAUUGUUGGCCAGCCAGCAAUGCCAAGGACUGAGAUUGUGAAGCAACUGUGGGCAUACAUAAAGAAAAACAAUCUCCAAGAUCCUAGCAAUAAAAGGAAGAUAAUUUGCAAUGAUGAAUUGCGCGUGGUGUUUGAGACAGACUGUACUGAUAUGUUCAAGAUGAAUAAGUUGCUCGCUAAACACAUAAUUGCCCUUGAACCAACCAAAAAACCUGCCCCAAAGAAACAGAAGGUAGAAGUGGAGUUGGGAACAAGAAGUGCUGAACCUACUCCUUCUGUAAUAAUAUCUGAUUCACUUGCUAACUUUUUCGGUGUUACUGGAAGAGAGAUGCUACAGUCAGAGGUUCUGAGACGUAUCUGGGAGUACAUAAAGGUCAACCAUCUAGAGGAUCCUGUGAAUCCUAUGGCAAUAACGUGUGAUGCAAAGCUUCAGGAGAUCUUUGGCUGUGAAAGCAUUUCCGCAUUGGGGAUACCUGAAGUUUUGGGCCGUCAUCAUAUUUUUAGGAGAUCAUGAUGCUGACAACAUUCUAUUCUAUGUGACAGAUUGCGUGGUGUUAAUUCCAGUAUAGUACAAGCUGAUCUUUGACUACAUGUUGAUAUGGUUCUGUAAUUUGACUGAUUAGACUUGUGUUCUUAGUUCAUGUCGAUAACUGAUGACUUAUUAAUAGAAGGAAGAUGUUAUAGGAACACCUUUAAAUUGGGAGUGGCAGUGUGUUUUUAGGUCCUGUGGUUGUGGUUUGUCUAACUUGGCACUUAGGUUAGAGUGACCUGUUGGUAUUCUGAAAUAUGUAUAAUGCUCUGACAAUAGGAAAGAAAAUGAUGUAUCCUUGAAUCAUAUAACUCGUGCUAUUAAUAUGUAGUUAAUGAAAAUGCAGUUUGCCAUAUGUACAUUUUAGAUUUUGGUUAAACUAAGAUAAAGUUUGUGCUUUUGUUUUU